AUGCAGUCGACCAUACCCCUUCAGAGUGGCACUCUGCACCCGCGACACCCCCUGCCCUACCCCCGGGCCUGCCAGGUGACGUUCAUGCAUGGAGAUGCCAUGCAGCCAGGAUCAUGCAUGAAUUGGGCCGAGGCCAGUGGCCCUGCCCUGCUUGAGUCGCUGCGAUCUCUGAGGCUUACGUCGCCCUUAAACCCGCAGGGAUGUGCUGCUCAGCUGCCCCCUCUAGACUGGUCCCGGCUCCAAAGGCGGAGGAUCCCGGGAGUUGCCUCCAGGCUGGUGGUCCGCUGUGCUCGCACCGACUACACCGCCAAGGCCGGGGAUGUGGAGGUGCUGAAAAAGCCCCUGAAGUCUGAGCUCAAGCCCUCCGAACUCGUCACGGUCUUCGGCUUCCCCCGGGACUUUGACACGCAUUACGCCAUGGGGGACAUGCUGGGCGCGGGGUCCUUUGGCGUGGUGCGGCAGGCGACGGAAAACCAGACUGGCAACCAGUACGCGGUGAAGAGCAUCAUGAAGAUCCCCAAGAAUGGCCGCCCAACGCCAAGGUACCUGAUCAAGCUGCAGACGGAGGUGGAUGCCAUGCGUCAGCUGGGUGCCAGCCUGGACGCUGUGCACCUCAAGGAUGUAUUUGAGGAUGAGCUCAGCAUCCACCUGGUGAUGGAGCUGUGUGAGGGAGGGUCCGUGCUUGAUGGGCUGCAGCAGGGGGACUACAGCGAGCGCCAGGUCCAGCACAUCAUGAGGAGCGUGAUGAGAUUCCUGGCCCAGAGUCACUCCAAGGGCAUCAUCUACCGUGACGUCAAGCCAGACAAUUUCCUGGCCAAAGACAAGAACUGGGCAAAGGAGAUCCACUCCGAGACCUUCCUCUCGCGCUUCGGCCGCGCCGUGGGUCUGGACUCGCGGGAGGAAAUCGCGCCCAGCGACUCCCCCAUCAAAGCGACAGAUUUCGGCCUGGCCAUGCGUCACCGAGCCGGGGAGCCGCCGCUGAAGUCGAGGUCGGGAACGCCGGCUUACAUGGCGCCUGAGGUAAUCCAGCAGUGCUAUGGCCUGCCCGCCGACAUUUGGAGCAAGUUUCCGUUCUGGGACUCGGUCAAGGACUGCACGCUGCAGGACGUGUGGAAGGCCAUCCUGUCGCAGCAGGUCAACUUCACCAGGCCAGAGCUGCAGCAGGUGUCCACCUCAGCACGCGGCCUGCUCAUGGCCAUGUUGGAGCGUGACCCCCGCAAGCGCAUCACCGCUGCCAAAGCCCUGGAACAUCCCUGGCUGAAGGUUUGUGUGGAGGACUUGGGCUCCGACACCCCCCGCCUGCGCGCCUCGGUGGUGCAGCGCCUGCAGCGCUUCGCGACGCACGGCCAGCUGAAGCAGCUGGUGCUGCGCACGCUGACCGAGGCGGCGGGCGUGGACGGCGAGUCGGCGCCGCCGCCCAUCGAGGGCGCCCAGGAGUGGCUGCGCUCCGUGCGCGUGCUGUUCGACGAGCUGGACGUUGACUCCUCCGGCACCGUCUCCAUCCAGGAGCUGAGCGCGGGGCUGGAGGCGCUGGGUUUUGAUGUGUCGCCGGGGGAGAUGGAGGUGCUCAUGGCCCGCAUCGACACGGACCGCGACGGCGGGCUGCAGCUCUCGGAGUUCGUGGCCAGCCUGGUGGACUGGGGCGUCGUCCAGCGCCACCACGCCUGGCAGGACUGGGUGCGUGCCGUGUUCGACCGCCUCGAUAAGGACGGCAACGGCUUCAUCACCCUGGAUGAGAUCGCGGAGGAGCUCGGUGACUACAAGGGCAAGGAAGACAGCCUGAUUGCCGCCAGGCGCAUGCUCCGGGAAGCUGAUGCAAAUGGCGACGGGCAGGUCUCUUGGUCUGAGUUUGUGGAGCUCCUGGAGGCGACAGACGACGACUUGAAUCAGUACGACUCGAGGCUGAAGCGAUAUGCCCAUGACGUCGUGGACGAAGACCUGUCGACCCUGGACUCGCUCAAUGGUAGCGGCAGCAACGAUGACUAUGUAUAA